AUGACUGUGUCUGAGGAAACGGAUAUGGUGCACUAGACAGUUCUACCAAGACGCAAUAGUGCAAAUAAUGACAAAUAAUCAAGAAUUAAAGGGAUCCGUUUGUGUAUCAACAGAACGAGUAAUUUUAAUUUUAUUUCCUAACAGUUUCUUGCUCAAAUACGUUCAAGAUAUCACAGAUUAAAGUAUUUACCAACUUCAAUGAACUAUUGAACAGUUGCACAUGCCACGAUCCGGUCCCAAGUCGUCGUCCGUAUGCAAAAAUGGCAGCGUGAAUUUGUUGUGUAGCUGUUGCUUUUAUAUGUUUGCUGGGAUUUAUUUGAUUUGAUUACGAGCUGUCCUCUUGUGUGACGGCUGUUUAAAAUGUGUGCCAUAAAGUAACACACGGUACAAGUGUCAUGAGUGAGAGAGAACAGAGGUAAUGUAGAAAAAUACUGAGGUGAUGAUCACCAGCAACAUCAACAAGGUGAAGGCUUGUAAAAGCCUUAAAGAUCAACAGAAAGACUCGGAGCCAGAGAAAAAGAAUAAGAUACUCGAGAAAGGAGAAGGGGACAAGGAAAUUAACAAACGGAGCCCCGGUCAACUGGUUGUGCCCGUUGGUACAACCGGUGUGGCGAGGGGUAAAGAGCAGAAAACACAAGCUCGAGGCCGUGCCAGGGAUGAUUUCAGAAUGGCUCGGGGCGGGAGCGGUUCUGUGGACAAACGCGGUGCUUACAGAGGCCGCGGUGUGUACAAUAGAAAGUCAGAUCGCGAGGUAGAUUCUUUCGGCUCCCGCAUAAUUAAAAACACGUCUGAUCCGGGCUCUGGUUUUGCCAAACAACAUGCAGACUCCAAGAACAAAACAGAUCUUGGGUCAAUGGUUCCUGAAGAUUGUAGAAUAUCAAAAGUCCUACGACGUUUGUUUCGUGAAGAAGAUUCAGACAAAUUUAUUCAGCUCUGUUUGCAGCUGCAGGAUGCACUCACUGUCCCGGAAAAUAUGCAAUACAUUCGAAGAUGCCUGGAAAAUAUCUUAGAUGCUCUUCUUGACCUCCUCCACACUGGACCUGGAAGUUGUGCCAAAUCUCAAGUUGCUACCUCGAUUGGUCAUGUAGGAUACAUUCUUGAUUCAGAAUUCAGGAGGUUUGUCGAUUGGAUUUUCCCAAAGUACACAACUGAGAGAAACACAGAUGUUAAAUGCCUGUUGCUGGAAUCUCUUCGCCAGACACUUGUAUUGGAAGCAGAGUGCCCUAAAUUAAAAACUUAUUCAGUGACUCUCAUGAUGAAGAUGCAACAUAUAUUAGAGAACACAGACCUCCCUGACUUAUUUGUUGCUAGUGUUGAAGUCAUCAUGCAACUCUCCACCCUGUAUCCUGACACCUUGACAGAUUAUUUUAGGGAUCUUGUUGAUAUUUUAGUUGGUUGGCUAAUUGACAGUAGUCAGACUGCUAAGAUGACUGACUAUGCUGCAAAAAGUCUACAACGACUUGCCCCUUAUUGGAUUCAAGAAUUGAACUUUUCAAUCACAUUCUUAGGCCAAUUUUUAGAAGAUAUGGAAAUUUAUGGUGAUGAUUUUGUUAAAUCAUUAUCUCCGAACAAAGGUGAUGUUUAUAGUGACUCCAAGUCCUCCACACCACAAGACUAUUUGUUCAAAGUAGAAGCUUUUAUUAAAUCUUUUAACACAGUAACAAAGGCUUUGGACGAUCAUAUGAGCCCAUCUAAUUCUUCCCAAGUCACCUGGGUUUUUCUUGGUGACUGUCUCACUAAAAUGCUCACCACUGUGAAGUCUGUACUCGAUGUAAGAUUCAAUGAAGACCUAAUUAUGUCAGCUAAUGAAUGUAUUUGGCUGCUCAUGUCUCAUCUUCAAACUAAAACGACACCAGGCCAUGAUCUUCUGUAUGACAUGUUUGAUGUGUUGUUGAGCCGUAUUGAUGACAUGUGCAAUGUUACAGUUUGCUCUGUGUUAAAUGUUAUUGCAAAGACUGUUCGCGAAGUAAGUGCCAACCUACCUUUGGAAUUGGUUCAGAAGUUACUAAGCCCAGAUUCAAAUGUGAUAAAGCUGCGCUUCUCUCCAAGCAAGUCUGUUCAAUCAGCAACUUUAAAAUUAUAUCAUGCCUUGUUAAACCUCAAGAACAUUCCUUUACUGCAGGAGGCAUAUAAGUAUGUGUUGGGUGAUUUGGAAAUAGCAUAUCGUCAAGUUGUUCCAGAAGUAGAACUUGUGUGCCAAACAAAUCCAUUUGCCGAUGUAAAGUAUUCUGUAAACGAAGCAGAAAUGGUUAUUCUCUUCCUUCUGGGUGCCUUGUCUGAUCUAGCUAAUGCAAGUAAUUCUAUAAUUGGUAUGUGGGCUCUGAAGCCAAGUAUGUUUGAAUUGCUGGCGUUGAGAAUGAAGCCAAGGGAAAUAAGGAAACACACAUCCCUUCAGUUCACAGUCUUAUACCUUUUAUUUUCUCAUUGCUCCAAGUCAAAUAAUUUUGUAUCCAGCAGUGGCUUGGUUCAGAUUGGAACAGCAAACAGGAAACCAAGAAUAUUACCUGGUCUACCCUCAAUAACAUCUGAUGUCCCGGUUUCAUCACCAACCUCUUCUAACCUUUCAAACAUACUUUUACUUGUGAAGGAAACGUUAUUUGAUAAUUGUUCCAUGGAGAUUGAUUUACUACUUCUCUCAUGGGCUCGUGAACUUAUAACUCAAGGUGCUGCUUACUUACCAACACUGGCAGAAUCUUCUGAACUUCAAGCUGUAUUGGCAGCUGUUGUUCUUAAAGGCCAUUCAGCUCUCAAAAAACCACCCAUAUUGCUAGCUGUUUGUUGUACAUUACAACUUAUCUUUUCAUUCCAACAUAUUCUUUGGAAGGCUUCUUUUCUAUCAUCAGUGACGGAAUUGUGUCUUAUUCACAUCAAUUCCACUUAUGCUGAUGUUGCUUCAGUUUACUCUCAUCUGUUAUCAGUCUUGCCCUGGAAUAUUACUUUGCCAAUUCUUGCAAAAAUGAAUUUUGACAUCCAUAUACAAAACCCAGAUGGAUGUAUUCCUCAAAAAAUACGUUGGACUCAUUCCACUCACCUUUCAAAGAAUGAAGUUGGCCUCAUGGGCCAACAGGAGUUUAGGCAGUUUAUGUGGUAUCUUAUUCAUGGAGAAGAAGAAGAACGUAGUUGGUUGCUUGAUAUUUUCAGUCAGUCUUGGCCCUUGGAUCUGGCAAAUAGUUUAAAUGGUGAUGUAGAGAAUGGUCCAGAUGUCAGCAAGACUUCCAAUAAUCAGAGAGACUUGAAUGGCAUCGCAAAAUACUGCCAACCAGUCCUUUUGCAAUGGGCUGCAUGGGAUGCUGCACAGUUUUGUGUCACAUCUAAGCUAAGGACACCAUUAGGAAAGCCACACGAGACAUUUACAAAAAUUGAAGGUGCUAUCAAAGCCCUUGCAAGGGAAGUUGAUGAUUGUGAAUCGUGGGAUGUUAUUAGAGUCCGUGUUCUAGUGGACUUUCUGGAACAACUUGAAAAAGUUAUCUACAAUGCAGCUGAUGGUACAGCUCUUGCUAUUGAGCCACCCCCUAAACAGGUGCGCAAUUUUUUCCAUACAAAUCGAAGCACAUGUGUUGAAUGGCUGACCAGAAUCCGUCUAGCUGUUGUUGCUGUUGCAUUGCGUUCAGGACAAGCUGCUACAGCUGUUAGACAAGGUCAUGCGCUGCUCCAGCACUUGCAUGAAACAAAUAAUACGCAAGGUCUUGAGUUUGAGAGAGCUGCACUCUAUGUAGGAUGUGCUCUCAAUCGUAUGCAACAAUCUGAAUCAAUUCAAGGGCUAUACAUUUGGUGCCGUAAUGAUUGUGGGAGAAAAAUGCCCUUAUUGAAAGGGCUGGCUGAGCAAGCUGCUGGUAGACUGGAGCAUGCUGUGGAUUGCUAUUCUAAAAUUCUGAUACAAGACUGUGAGAAUGACCAUGCAGGAGGGGAUUGUGAUCUUAGAAUGCGAGAAAUAGCUGAUGAUCAGCUAUCUGAGUGCUACAGGGCACUUCAAGAUUGGGUUAAAUUAGCUGAAUGGAAGUCAAGUGAAAAGAAUGUGUUUCCCACAAAUGGUGGAAUGUUAUUGCUCUCUACUCUCAAGACCAACCAAGUCAAAGGUUUUGCAGAUUAUGAAGCUUCAAAAUAUGAAGCUGCAGCUCGCUUAAUGGAAUGGACUGCAGAUAGUGCAAGUGAUUUAAUCACUCAACGUCGCACUUGGAACACUAUGAAAAUACUUCGUGCAGCUCACAGCAACCUGACUAGCAUUGCUGUCGCAUUAGCUGGGGAAGCUUCUGUACCUAUUGAUGAUCAUAUAAAGCUUAAGUGGAGUCAAUAUGUAGAGCAAUGCCAAAAUGAUGCUCAUCUUCUUCUAAAAGAAGGAUUGAGAAAUACAACAUCAGAGCUACUCCUUGAAGCUUCAGUUACUGAGUAUGCUGCAACUGGGCUUGCUGAUCUACUGAAUAUCCAACACAGUGAAACUGGUCCACUGCUUUUGCCCCUAUCAGCUGAAAGUUUGAACUUGAAAUAUCUUGAUUCUGGAAUUUUAAGUAAUGCUCUGUGGUGGAGUGAAUAUUUGGAACACAUGGGCAUUUUGCUCCCGACACCAUCUAUCAGUGAGCUUCGUGUUGCAACUGCUCGGACAGCAAGGAAAGAAAAGAACCUGAAUUUUGCACUAUGUUUGUUGGGAAGGGAGCUUGGUGCUCCUGUUAAAUCAUCACUAGAAGAACUUGCUAAAAUUGAGAUUAAUAACAAAGAUCUAAACACACCUCUUCAGUUGAAGUCACUCACCGAACUUGCUAAAGUUCUUCACGCUGCUGACAAGAAAGACUAUGCAGUCUGUGUAGUGGCUCAUGGUGUUCAAAGUAUUCGCAACAGUGAAAAUGCUCUCUUACAAGAACGAGGCUCUCGACUGUUGCUGACUCUUUCAAAAUGGCUUCAGGCAGAACCCUCUCUUUCUGUUUCGGGAGAUAAUAGCAGUGCCAUUAGUCUUCUUUUUGAGCAAGACUUAGUUGGAGCAGCAGAUCUUCUUGAUAUUCAAAAUUGUAGUCUUCUUACUCAGAAUGGUGUUCAAAUAAUCCCAACAACUGAUACCACUGUUGGUCGCCUACUUCGGCUUGCAGUUGUGCAAUGUCCUCAAUUGGCUAAGUCAUGGGCUCAUUUUGCAAACUGGUGCUACCGUUGGGGAAGAAGAGCAGUUGAUGUCACCAGUGAAAUUGGAGGGCAGCUCAGUUCUGCUGACAAGGCUUGUGUUCAGGCUAUGCUUCCACAAGAUUCAAGUUCUUCAGACCUAGAGAGUGUGUUAAAUAUUUUGGGUCAGACGAGGGCUGUUGCAGAUGAAGAGGACCUAGACUUGGAUAGUACUAAUACCAGUGAAAUGAUGGAAGCCCAGUUACGCACUGUUGAUGUCCUUCACUAUGCCAGCUCAGAUACUCUUGUGGGACUGGUAGGAGUGUGGCGUGAAGCACAGCAGAGAGUUUACAGCUGUUACCAACUUUCAGCCAUUGCAUACUUUAAAUUUUUACAAUUGUGUGGUCAGGAAGAGACUUGCAUUGAUGACUGCUCCACUGUCACAGCAUCUCUGAGACUUCUUCGUCUUGUAGUUAAACAUGCUCUCGAAUUGCAGUCAGUACUAGAGGCUGGUCUAGCUGCAACUCCUACUGCACCAUGGAAAGCUAUCAUCCCACAACUUUUCUCGCGAAUGGGUCAUCCUGAGGCAUAUGUUCGUCGCAGAGUGGCUGAACUUUUAUGUAGACUUGCUGAGGAUGCCCCACAUUUAAUCACUUUUCCAGCAGUCGUUGGUGCAGCAUCAGGUGGAGCAAGACUGCGUCAUAUGCCUAUGCCAGGCACUGCCAGACUUUUUGGUACAUUCCUCUCUCCUGAUGGAGAAGUUGAAAGCUUAGAAGAGGAAGAUGAAGAUGAAGAUGACGAUGAUGAAGAGGAAGAAGAGGAAAACAGUGGAAGUGGACAAGUAGUUCUGAAAAAUUGCUUUCUUGCCAUGGUUGAAACACUGUCUAAGCAGGCUCCAGAGGCAAUCUCCCAAGUGCAGCAGUUUGUCUGUGAACUGCGUCGUAUUACCUUAUUGUGGGAUGAGUUGUGGCUGGGUACUCUGACCCAAAAUCAAGCUGAAAUUAAUCAACGUGUUUCCCAACUUAAUGCAGAAAUUAUUCGUGUGGAACAAAAUGCAUCACUUAAAACUACUGAUAAAGAAAAGCUUAUUUCUGAGAAGUAUCGCAUUAUUGUGAAGCCGCUCGUUUUUAUUUUUGAGCAACUUCAUGCAAUUACUUCUGUUACUCCUGAAACACCCCAUGAGCGAUGGUUCCAAGAAAGGAAUGGUAAACUCAUUGAAUCCAUUCUACAUGCUAUGAAAGAACCCAAGGAUUGCAGACGUGCUGAGGAGUGGCAUGGUCCUCUGAAGUCACUUCAGACACGUUUGAAUCAACGUGCUAAUAAACGAGCUGCUCACACUUUAAGAAUGGAAGACAUCAGUCCCACAUUGGCUGCUAUGAAAGAUACAUGUAUUGCAAUGCCUGGUGUGUCGUCUGGAAAGGGAUGUAUUAUUACCAUAGCUUCUGUACACAAUCAUAUCUAUAUUCUUCCCACAAAAACCAAGCCCAAGAAACUUAUGUUCUUUGGGUCUGAUGGAAAAGCCUACAAUUACCUCUUUAAGGGCCUUGAAGACCUUCAUCUUGAUGAAAGAAUAAUGCAGCUAUUGAAUAUUGCCAAUACUAUGCUGCGAACUCCAGGUACAGAGAACAUAUAUCGAGCUCGGCAUUAUUCAGUUAUACCCCUCGGACCAAGGUCUGGUCUAAUUAGCUGGGUUGACAAUGUGACUCCUCUAUUUGGCCUCUACAAGCGUUGGCAGCAGCGGGAAGCAUUAGCUCAAGCAACCAAGAAUGGUUCAACACCAGUUGCAGUUAAACGUCCUUCAGAGCUCUUUUACCAAAAGCUUACUCCCAGAUUGAAAGAAAAGGGAGUUGGUCUAGACAACAGGAAAGAGUGGCCUGUUGCAGUAUUGAGAGAAGUCUUACAGGAGCUUAUGUCAGAGACUCCUUCCCAGCUCCUUGCUAAGGAGCUGUGGUGUCACAGUGCAAAUGCAGGCUCAUGGCACAAGACGUUACAAACCUAUUCACAUUCUGUGGCAGUUAUGUCCGUCAUUGGAUAUAUCAUUGGCUUGGGUGACCGACAUCUUGACAAUGUCCUCGUUGAUUUGUCAAGUGGAGAAGUUGUCCACAUUGAUUACAAUGUGUGCUUUGAGAAGGGAAAGACACUUCGUGUACCAGAAAAAGUUCCCUUCAGAAUGACGCCGAACAUUCAAGCAGCACUAGGAGUAACUGGAGUCGAGGGCAUAUUCCGUUUAGCAUGUGAACAUGUGUUGAAAGUUAUGAAAAAGGGUAGAGAAACACUACUUACCCUUUUGGAAGCAUUUGUCUAUGACCCUUUAAUAGAUUGGACAACUGGCAAUGAAGCUGGAUAUGCUGGUGCUGUAUAUGGUGGCGGUCAGGCUAUCACCUUGGAAUCAAAGCAAAGUCAUAAAGAACUUGAGCGAGAAGUAACAAGAACAAUGUUUUCUAUCAGAAUAAUUGAAAUGAGAGCAGACUGGCUCAAAAACCGUGAUGAAGUUGUUGUUAGCCUAGGGGACAUUGUUACUCUCAUUGAAAGAUGGGUCCAGUCUUUGACAGAAAUGCAGACAAUUCAAGAUCAGUUACAGGACUGUCACUCACUCUUAGCAUUGGUAAAGGAGGCAGAGGUGCAAGUGCCAAAUCGGACACAUUCCUUGUAUACAUUGCCCAUGCGUUAUGCUGGACAUCGCCAGUCACGAGAUGCACAGGAUGCAGCUAGAAGUUGCCUCCUUGAAAAACAAUUUGAAUGUGAUCAGCAAUUACAGCAGUACAAUAGUGCUUUGGCAUGCCUCCGAAGUCCCCAACUUGCUUCCCUCAGUGCUCCAGUUGACAAAGAAGGGUACAUGGUCUUUGACUUAGUGAAAGAAUUUCUUCAGAAUGCUGGAAAAGGUCAAAUGGUUUACCAGUGUGAGCAAUGGGAGGCAGACAUGGGAAAUUUGGCUCAGAAACAGGUGCAAAUAAUGCGAGGAUGUGUUGACCUCCUGAACCAAUACUGUGCAGUUUGUGGUCUUCUCCCAGCUUCAUACAUAAACAAACAUCGUUUAGUCUGCUAUCAAAGAUGGACAAACGCAUUGUUAAAAGAUUUGUCCAUUCCUAGAUGCCAAGAAGUUGUUGGGGAGUUUGGUGCUAUUUUACCCCCUGCCGUUAAUGGUAGAACAUCUCAUCGCCAACAAGUUGUUAACUUUGCAUUUGGACUUCAGAAUGCUCUAGCUGAAGCUAAUAUGCGAUUGCAGAAAAGUUAUUCACUUCUACGAGGUGAGAACAGCAUUGACAUUGCCAUGAGACUUGAUAAGGCUUGUGCUGAAGCAGAUGCUGCUUUAAACAAAUUGCGUAUGGGUGAUCCAGCAGUGAAUGUUGUGUUGGAGUGUGUAGCGGUUACUGCUCUUGUUGCACUAAACAAAAGAUUCCUCAUGAUGGAAUCGGCAUCUGCAAGUGCAGGAGAUCUUCUAGUAGAUUUGACUUCUCGGGAAGGAGAAUGGUUCUUAGAUGAUAUGUGUCUUAUCAGCGGAAUGAUGACCAGGAUUAGCUCUCUAAUUCCAGCUCCGACACCUGAUGCUCUUCAAUUCAUAACUCCUAUCCAUAAAAUUUUUGUUGCUCUCCAGGACUUAAAUACCAAUUUUGCCUCAAUUAUCUUGCCCGAAGCUGUAGUAGCAUUGCAAACAGAAAAUCCCAGUGUUAUGGCUAUGAUAGAAGAUUUGUGCUCUGUCAUUGAUAGUGCACCCAUGCCAUUACAAGAUUUGGUUGACCGUUUAGAUGUUCAUUUAAGCUGUAUUGCUAUUGGAGUUGAUUCCCCUCACAAUGAUGUUCAUCAUAUGGUAGCAGAUUUACGUGUUAAAUAUGAACUUUUAUUACAAAAGUCAGGUGAUACCAGUUGCAGUAACACAGAUGGUGGCAUGAGUGCUGGUCAAAUGCUGCUAAUGGGAUUCAAUGGAUUGUUUGAAAAGUUGUACUUAGACUGCCACAUGCUUGCCCCCAAACUCUCAAGUAUAAAUUCCAACAUUGCGACAUGUUGGAGGAACCUUGAUCAUAUUCGUGAGGCUAAGGUUUUCUCUGGAAAGAUGCUUGAUGAAAGAACCAGGCCAGUACUUGAAGAUAUUUUUCUUCUAAAACGUUUGUUAACUAUGCGUGAGUUCUUCUGGAUGUGCUCUGCUGUGGGUCGAUGCUAUCGAGGUGAUCCUCCAGAAAUAGGGGAUCCACCACCUCCAAUGCUUGUUGAUGAAGAUAGACUUUUGAAACCAGUUCGGCGCUUCACAGCUGACUUUGUGAGCAGGAUGUUGCUAGGAGUUGUAACACAUACUUUGGCUGUUGCUGUUUGCAGACUCCUUCAGCGAAUGGGUUUAAAUGUGACAGGUGAAGUUGAUCAAAGGGAUAUUGGAGCUGAAAGUAAAGUCCCUUUGGAAGAUUUGUGCCAUAAGGCUGUGGAACGUUGUUGUGGAAUAAGAAGUACUAUGCUUGCUCAAGUUUCUGCCCAUGUGUCGGCGUUAGAGGCUUGUUGGCGCCAUAGAGAAGCCCACAACACCUUAUCAACGCUUAUUAAUCAACAAACUGCUACAGUUCAGCGCCUUCAGCUUGCUCUUACAACUCAUUACUGGCUGCAUGAUGUUGUACUACAAAGUGUGCCAGGAAUACCACCACCACCAUUGAAUCGAGCUGCCUUUUUGCGAGAUCUCCAGCGUUCUCAUGAUGCACUGAACAUGUUGCAACCCCGGAUAUCUGAGUUUGUUGAAGAGCAACGUAGUCUAGUCAGUAGUGUUGAACAGAGAUUGAAAUGGGCUGCAGGAGCAAAUCCAGCUUUAAAUGAAGUUUUGUCUGCUUUUGCUUGUGCUGUGGAGGCAUUGCAAGAGCGCAUUAAAAGAGAACAAGAAUUGGCUAAUCUAAUGGCAUCUACAUGCGGCAGUAUAUUGCGUCAUGAAAUAAUGAGAUCCAACUGUCCAGCUGGAAUGCAAAUGGACACAACUUUUCUUCAGCUAGUUGAUCAAUGUGAGCAAAGUUGUCUUUUAACAUCCAAAACUGGAGAUGUUUUGAGUCCAGCUGAGGAAAGUUUGUUAAGAAUGGUACCAUUGGAAGGUCAUGUUGACAAGGCUUGGAUUCAACGAGGGGAGAUUGCCAUAUCCGACAACAUAAAUAUGCUACAGCAGAAGAUGGCUGUUGCCCAAGAAAUGGUGUAUACAAGUCAAGAAAGCAUUAAGACCCAAGUUUCUGUUUUACGUACUCAUCUGGCUGCUCACAACCGGCUAAUGGGCGAUGUUCGUUCUCUUAUUAAAUCCAUGGCCAAAUCUGAAGAUGGAGCAUUUGUUGGUUUAGGAGACUACCUCACACGAUAUCGUGCUUAUUCUGAGCAGUUGAGUUUGUUGACUCGACUUCUCACUUCAACUGAUGAUCUAGUCCAUACUCAGUCAGAUACAAUCCUGGGACAAGUUCAAUUAUUGAUUGAUAAUACUGGUGCCAUAUAUGAAGAUCUGCUGUGCUUUUCUACACCAUUAGGGACAGAUGAAAAUCAUGAGCUGGUGGUUGGCAAGCCUAAGAGACCAGUCCUAGUACGUCAAAGUAGUGUGUGUCUCUCGCCAAAGAAAGGGUUACCAAGCUCUGAAAAGGAGUUAGCAAGAGAUCCUCACACAGGAAAAGCUGUCCAGGAAAGAAAUGCUUAUGCUAUGAGUGUUUGGAGGAGAGUACGAAUGAAAUUGGAAGGAAGGGAUCCAGACUCUGCUCGGCGUUCAACAGUUGCUGAACAAGUGGACUUCAUCAUAAGUGAAGCGACCAAUCUGGAUAAUUUGGCCUUACUUUAUGAGGGCUGGACUCCCUGGGUUUGAAAGAUGACAGCGUCAGAGUUGAGUUAAAUCUUCAGCCAUUGCAGUCUUACUGCUCGAAUCAAAGUCACUGCCCAUCAGUGCCAGCUGAUUGGGAGAGAUGUGGUUCCUCAGGCUUGCGCCUUGUCCUUCUGGACCGGUUAUUGUGGGCAAGCGUAAAAAUUUGCGCUUCCACAGGCCGUUGAGGGCAGCUUAAAGGGGUUACCCAUUUCAUGGGAGGUCUUGAAGAAUUGAGAAAGUAUGGUUUCACACACUCUUGCUAGUGUGCAACAGUUAUCAUCAUAGGUUUUGAUUGGUUAUUAUGUUUGUGUCAGAUUUGAAGUUGUUUUUUUUAUUAGUAUCAUUGUCUGAAUGUGUAAACAUCAGUUUACUGGAAAGUUAAGAAGUGCAGAGCCUGGUAAAAAUUAAUUUGGCUACAGUAUCUCUUUUGAUGAGUAAUAACAUCCUCUUAAUAUGAAAGUUAAGUCAUUUCUACCAACCAAAGAAAUUUUUCUGAAAUGCUAUGAGAAGUUUCCAACUCCCAUUGUAUUUUCGGGGUUUUUCUUUAUGUUGAAUCCUCUGCAUGUAAAUUUUGUAUGCUUCCAGAUUGUAUUUCUGUAUGUUUUAUUCUUAUACAUCAGGAAAGCUUCUUUUUGAUGUGUGCCAAUUCUAGUUUGACAAAGAAGUGCCAAAUGACGUGCCAAACAUCCUCGUUAACUAUAUCAGGUUAUAGAAAUACUGAGUAAUAACCGUUUAUAAAGAUUUAAAACAUGGACAGUGACACUACAGUGCUCAAGUACCAGGUUUGUCGGAAGUUAUGGACUUGGUCUGUGUGUUAUUUUGGCUAAAAUUUUGUGUCAGUACUUUCCAGUAGGUACAAAAUCAUUCUUACUUCCCUAUCUUGUCUCAUGACAGUUCUCUAGAAGCUGAUUGGUUCUCUCAUUUAAGCCAAGAAUGUACAAUCUCAAAUAGUUGUGUUUUUUCAGAAUGUUUCAAACCUAUGCACAGUACCGGGUGUCAGGGUACGACACAAUAGUGGUGCGAGUUUUCCUAUUCUAGGGGCCAUGGCGUCUUAUGGACGGACCGAGUAGGCAAACCCGCGCACUGUUGUGUCGUAGCCCUGACACACGGUACAUGUAAAGUAAAUUGUUCAAUCAACCUUUGUCACAUUUCUCUAUACUUUUCAACUUGUAAAUAAACUUCAUCUAUGGCACAAACAUAAUAAACAUGUGGAUGCAAGUUGUCUCCAUUCUCUUUGUGCUUGUACUUUCACCCCUAAAUGAUUUGGAUGGGUGUCAGUAAAAUGAUUGUUUUGAAUGCAGUUGCCACAAUUGACAUUCUAUAAUUGACACAACAGAGUAUUAUUUCUGUAACAAUUAAAGUGUCAUAGGAUUGUCUUGACUGAACUGUGGUGUAGCUAUUGUACUUGGAGAGAAAGAUAUUAUGUCUGUUUAUUUGGAAUUGGAAACAUUCCAGCUGUGCUGAACCCAAAACAGCACUCAGAUUUUAAUGAGGCACUGACAUUUUUCAGCCUUUCAUUAAUUUUCUCUCUCCUAUUUUCCACUGAAAGUGAAAAAAAAUAUCUUCAAUUCUCAAUUUAUUUUUUUCUUUUUGUAAGGGAAUUUCUUAUUUUUCUUAUUUUUGUUUACAUUUGCACAAUGCUUGCCAAUUUUGUUACUUUAUACAACUCAUGGUAUCAGAUAAUAACUCUUGAUGUUGAUGUAAGCACUCUUGUGCAAUAAUUAAUGCUACUUAAAGUCCUCCAGAUGAUUUCUCCCCAAGAUUAUUAUAAUAAAAAUCAAGUAACUAAUUUCAAUGUUGCCUACUUGUGGGGUUGCAGACCUUCUCUGUUCUGUUCUAGUGAAAAAUGCUUCAUGUUCAUUCAUCAUCCCUCUAGUACAUGUAAAGAAAAAAAAAAGUCCACCGGUAUUAAUAUGUUGUUGUUCAAAUACUCCAAUCAAUGUCAGUUUUUGCAGUGCAAUUGAGUAUUUUUAGAUAUUUGACUUUACAAACUUGGGGCUUCAAUUUAUUUUAGUGUUGCACAGUACUCCUUAUUCACCCUGUUUUCUUUUGAAAUGUUUGUAAACCAGUUUCAUAAUGCAUGGCAGGUUUUACCCAACCCAUUUAAACCUAUAAUGUACAAGAGCUUAUUUUUGCUGAUUCUCACAAAUUCUAAAGUGAAAGUUUUUAGUCAGAAUGUUUAAAUGUAUUAAUCAGACAUACAUUUUCUUAUAACUUGAAUUUUGAAGCCUCUUAGAAAUGUGUCAAAACCAAUUGGAAUUGGGUUGGGUAAGACUUUCAACUAAUCUAUAUCAUUGACUAGGUUCCAUAUUCUAUGGAUCUAAAAACCUGUACACCUAUUUUUCAGUUGUAUUUCCAUUUCUCUCUGUUGCACGCCGUAUCUAAUGGAAAUCACCUUUCGUAUUUUAUGAUCAGACUUAAUUUUGCCUUGAUUAUGAGAUGACAAACUCUAAUACCCAUGUUUUUUAGUACAUUGAUUUUUUUUCCCCUCUGAUGUUUCAACAACUUAUUUUGAGUAUCAACAUUUUUCUUUUAAUGUCUGUAUAAACUGCCUCCACUGCAGCAAAAAAAAAUCAUUUUGUUUUUAUUUUUGAAGUAUGAAGCUACCUCUUUAGGUAUUUUAACUUACUGUCUUCUCUAAUAGAUAGUGAUCAAGAAAUUUUGAUUCUUAUGAAUAAAUAUUUGAUGUCUAUUAGAACAA